UGUGUGCGGCUCUGCGCUUCACCCGGUCCAAAGUGCAGUGAGGACCGAAAGCGCAGCGGAGCCUCUUGCAUAACUGCUGCACGCAAGUGUGCGCGCGCGCGUCUCUGUGUGUGUGUGUGUGUGUGCGCGUGAAGUUUUGGCUCUAAUUAAAGGAAACACGAUGCGCCGUCUGGCUUUGAUGUUUUUGGCGGGUUUGUUGUGUUUCGCACCUGUGCGCCCUCACCCGCAAUGUCUGGACUUCAAGCCGCCGUUUCAGCCGCUGCAGGAGCUGCAGUUCUGCGCCAUGUACAAGCACUUCGGCUGCUGCGACUUCGCCAGAGACCAGGAGCUCAUGAAGAAGUUCUACCGCAUCAUGGACAACUUCGACUAUUACGGCUAUGCGAACUGCGCCGGGUACGUGCAAGACCUCCUGUGCCAGGAAUGUUCACCGUACGCCGCUCAUCUUUUUGAUGCCGAAGAUCCCAACACACCCCUGAGAUCCAUUCCAGGACUCUGUCCAGAUUACUGCUCCAUCUUCUACUCUAAAUGCAGAUCCGCUAUCCCUCUGCUAUCAGAAGACCCACGUCUGUCACAACUAGAACACAACCCCACCAGACUCUGUCGGUAUCUGGAGCUUGAUGAUCCAGACUACUGCUUCCCUCACGUCCUGAGCAACGAGGCUUUAAACAAAAACCUGGGACGAGUUACCGCAGAUACAGAAGGUUGCCUCCAACUGUGCUUAGAGGAAUUUGCUAACGGACUUCAGAACCCUUUGGCUAUGGUGCACGCCAACGACGGCACCCACAGGUUCUUUAUCGCCGAGCAAGUCGGCCUGGUGUGGGUGUAUCUCCCGGACAAGUCGAAGUUGGAGAAGCCGUUUCUGAACCUCACAAAGGCUGUGUUGACGUCUCCGUGGGAAGGAGAUGAACGGGGAUUCCUGGGUCUCACUUUCCAUCCCAGGUUUAAGUACAAUGGAAAGCUGUACGUCUACUACUCCAUAGAGGUGGGCUUCGACGAGAGGAUCCGAAUCAGCGAGUUUCGGAUCUCUGCCACAGAUAUGAACGUUGUUGAUCAUACUUCUGAAAGAGUCAUAUUAGAGAUCGAUGAACCUGCGUCAAAUCACAACGGAGGUCAGCUGCUCUUUGCUGAUGAUGGCUACUUGUACAUCUUCACUGGUGACGGCGGCAUGGCCGGAGACCCUUUUGGAAAAUUUGGGAAUGCGCAGAACAAAUCUGCUCUGCUGGGUAAGGUCCUCCGCAUCGACGUGGACGAUAACGAGAAGGGGCCGCUGUACAGAAUCCCUCCUGACAACCCGUUUGUGCACGAGCGCGACGCCCGGCCCGAGGUUUACGCCUACGGAGUGAGGAACAUGUGGAGGUGCUCUGUGGACAGAGGAGACCCCCUCACCAAGGACGGCAAAGGACGCCUCUUCUGCGGCGACGUGGGCCAGAAUAAAUACGAGGAGGUAGAUCUGGUGGAGAAAGGCAGGAACUAUGGCUGGAGAGCAAAAGAAGGCUUCUCCUGUUAUGACAAGAAACUCUGCGCCAACAGCUCUUUAGACGAUGUGCUUCCGAUUUAUGCAUAUCCGCAUAAGAUGGGGAAAUCGGUGACAGGAGGAUACGUCUACCGAGGCUGUGAAUACCCCAAUUUAAAUGGAAUGUACAUAUUCGGAGACUUUAUGAGUGGACGCUUGAUGAGUCUAAAGGAGAACCGUAACACACGCCGAUGGGACUACAGCGAGAUCUGCAUGGGCUUGGGUCAGACCUGUGCAUUUCCAGGCCUCAUUAACAAUUACUACCCGUAUGUCAUUUCUUUUGGUGAGGAUGAAGCAGGUGAACUCUAUUUCCUGUCUACUGAAAUUCCAAGUGCUACGUCACCCACUGGGGUUGUGUACAAAAUAGUCGAUCCGUCACGACGCGCUCCACCUGGAAAAUGUCAUUACACCCCCGUUCCAGUGCAAGUCAAGAGCAAGCUUAAAACGUUCAAGCCAAAGGAAACAUUAAUUGGUGUUGAAACACCAACAAAACGACCAUCACUCUCAGAGCUUUUGGAAGAGGACGGCAUUGUAGAUAAGACCACACCAUUUCCGACAACCACACCCGACACCACCACCACCACCGCCGCUGCCACUCCUAAACACUCCCGGAAAGGCAGACGGAAAAAAGGUAAGAAGUAUGAAAAUGGUGCUGUGAGACUGAUGGGAGACGAACACGGAAGGAAAGACCGUGGCAGAGUGGAAAUCCAUAUCCAUGGGGAAUGGGGGACCAUCUGCGAUGAUCUCUGGGCCACCCAAAACGCCGCGGUGGUAUGUCGACAGCUAGGAUUCAGCUACGCUCUCAAAGCAUCCAGAAACGCAGAGUUUGGGGAAGGGAAGCAUCUGAGGAUACUUCUGGAUGAUGUGCAGUGUGAGGGAUCAGAGGAAACCCUUCUGAAAUGCCAGCAUUCAGGUGUAGGCGAACACAACUGCGGUCAUCACGAGGACGCAGGCGUCAUAUGCAGCAAUUAAAAAAAAAACAUAGAAUAUUAGUGUUUAUACGGAUGGAGGAGGAGACGUAAACCCUGAACAGGUAGCACAUAGGUCUACCUCAUCAAUGGAUAUAAAGAUUAACGUCAGAAUAUGUGUAACUUGGCUGGAUCAUGUUUAAUUAAGUGAAGACGUUUAUGAGAAUACUUGGAUUUUGUGUUAGAUUUUAAAAAUAAAGUGAUUAUAUGAAUUAA